ACGCCGGGCUGAGGAGCGGUCGCUCCGCUGCUGCUUCCUUCUUUGCCGCCGCCGUCCAUCAUGCUGCGGCUCCUGCUCCCGCUCGCCGGCUUGGCGGCGCUCCUCCGGGCGGCGGCUUUGUUGACCCAAGGCAUCCCUUCCUAACCACACUAUUGCCUACUGGAGACUUCUGCAGAACAGAAGGGAACGGUCAGGAAGCAAAGAUGAUCUCCUUCAAGCAACUGCCCCUUGAAGCCAAGGCUGCAGUGGCUGCAGGAGUGGUUUUCUUCUCCAUGAUGCUAUCGCGGAGUUACCUGGCAGAACAACUCGAGCUCAGGACGCGGCGUUGGCUUCUGAGGCUGCAGAUGGCGCUGUUUGCUAACGCGCUCAUGUUGAUAGGAUCGCUUCACGUGUGGAGAAGCACAGUCACCGCGUUCGCCAGGUCUUCAGCUGCCAGCUCCUUCUGUUUCAUGCCGUGGAAAAUAGCCGUGUUCAUGUUUCUGGCUUUGGCUCACUCAAGCUUCUUUACGUUGCUAUUUCUUGUCGCAGAAGAGCCGUAUUUCUUUUCUUUAGCCGCCUACACUUGCCUGGGGGCCUAUAUCAUUCUUAUCUUCUUCCUCUUCACCCUAGGGUCUGUAGAGCAGGCUUACAAGUUCUUGGCUGGGAGAGGUGCUAAGGCAGGCACUGGCAACAAGAACAGCAGAACAGCGAUGAAACCAGUUUUGGCAGUCAUGCUGACGGUUGUGCUGACUGUUGUCGGGCUGUUAAAUGCUUCCCGGCCUCCCACAGUGAAUUCGGUGGAGGUUCCAGUUCACAAGCUGCCCUCAACAAUGAAUAAUCUGAAAGUGGUGUUGCUUUCAGAUAUCCAUCUGGGGCCUACAGUUGGGAAGACCAAGCUCGCCAUGAUUGUGAGAAUGGUUAAGGCUUUGAAACCAGAUAUCACCGUGAUUGUCGGGGACCUGACUGACUCUGAGGCAGAGAUCAUACGACCUGCUGUUGAGCCUCUUGGAGAACUUAACUCCCCUUUGGGGACUUACUUUGUCACAGGAAACCAUGAGUACUACACAUCAGAUGUUAGCAACUGGUUUGAGCUGUUAAAAUCGUUUAACAUUCGGCCACUACAUAAUGAGAAUGUGAAGAUUGUUUCACCGAAGAGCACUGAUGACUGGUUCUGUCUGGCUGGCGUUGACGAUAUUGAAGCAGAUGUAUUGCGCUACUCAGGGCAUGGCAUGGACUUAAGAAAAGCUCUCAGAGAUUGUAGCAGUGAGCAUGCAAUAGUGCUGUUAGCUCAUCAGCCGAUUGCUGCAAAGUGGGCCCUUCAGGAGAGACCAGACAUAAAUUUAAUUCUCUCUGGCCAUACUCACGGAGGGCAGAUGUUCCCACUAAAUGCUGGGGCUUAUUUUCUGAAUCCCUUCUUUGUUGGCUUGUAUAAAGUUGGGCAGAACACCUUUGUCUAUGUCAGCCCAGGGACAAUGUACUUCGGAAUACCCAUGAGGCUGGGCAGCAGAGCUGAAAUAACAGAGAUAAUUCUACGUUCUCUUUGAGAAGUUUUCCAUUUGACAGGCUUCUGCCUUCCUUUUUGGUCAGUAUAUCGGCUCUUCUGCUCUGAAAGCAAAUCCUUUUUCAGGGAAGCCAGAGAAGAUGAGUUAGGGUGGACUUCAGCAGGUUCUGUUAAGUCUGGGCAGAAAACACUAACUGUAUCUUGGGCAUAUGAAACAAAUCGGGGGCAUGUUAAUAUACUGAAGAAAUUAACUCUUUGAGUUCAUUAUUAUUGAGGUUCUGCAUUUAAAGAUAACACUGAUGUCAUGGAGAUAAUGUGUGUCCUGUGCAUGUUUAGUAAUACCUGUGUCCUGCUGCUACUUCAUGUUCCAUUGUUUAUUAUCCAUCAAGCAGCUGCCUUACCAAAUCUCGGACAGGUGAAGUUCUGAUGUCUUGCAGUGAAAUCAUUCACGCAUGUUUUGAGGAAGGGACCACAGAGUGUCCACUGAGUAUGUAAACUGUAGAAGCCUUAUACUGGAAAUGUUUUGGGAAGGGAAUAGUUUUGGGUCUUUUACUGAGGCUGAAUAUCUUUAUUGUGUUGUCUGCAGCAUGCGCUAGGGCUUUCAGUCUGAGCUGCUUACUGGUACAGCAAGGUGCCAGGCAUCAGUUCCUGAAAUUCAAUUUUUUUUUCCAGUUAAAAAGCUGUGGACACUGAUAUCAAAUGGUGUGACAGUAGCUGUCUUUCUGCAGGCAUUUUCCCCAGAAUAACUGGGCAUCUAGUAGUUACUGAAAAUAGCUCAUAAAAGCAAAUGAGAAACAAAACCUGUAACUUACAGAACUUCUGUUGCUGCCUAAGCACAGUUACUGAGUAAAGCACAAAAUCCAAAGCUGAAAUACUCAGUCUCUUUUCAUUGUGUAUUUUUUUCUUUAUGCUUAAUUUCUCUUCUGUGAUUUUUGUCUUGCAAGAGGAAGGAGAUGCUAUUUGAAAACAAUGCAGCUAGGUUAAUGCUUGAAUUUUGUUUAAGGUUUUCAUAUUUCAAGUAAACAGUGUCCUUUUUAAGAUUAAACUCUGCAGCAGGUGACUUUCUGUAAUAGCGCUUGUGCAUCAAUGUCCUGGUUGUCUGAUAGGCCUAUAGCAGAAUAACUGCUAAAGGAUAAUGAGGGAUGGAGGAUUUCUCUGUCUUUUCUUAGAAGGGCUUAACACAAUAUUUUCUAAUGUCUCAGAUUUCCCAGAAUUAUAUUAAUAAAAACAUUCUUGCUCUCAUA